AUGACUCCCUCAAUCUCUGACCGUCGUCUUUCCCCGCAUGCACCUAUGGCUCUCCUCUCUCUCCUCUUGGUCCUCUCUCACGGCAUCCUUCCCGCCACAUGUUACGAUCAGGACCCAAGCGACCCGCUUGCAGGCGUCAGCAUGACGAAUCGUCCUGACCUGCCAGAGAGCGGCGGUUCCAGUGCCAACUCUGGUAGUGGUGGCGGCUCUGACACCUCAUUCACUCCCCGCACCGGCAGCGGCGGGAACGGUAACGGUAACGGUAACGAUAUCACUUCUGGCGGUGGCGUGAGCAUUGCCCCUAGACGUCCGGCCCCGUCUAGCGGCGGAGGCGGCGGUAACGAUAACGGUAACGAUCUUACGUCUGGCAAUGGCAAGAGCUUCUCUUCUCGACGUCCAGCUCCUUCUACCGGCGGCGGCGGUUCCGGCAAGAGCGACUCGGAGACGAGCUUCAAAAAGAGGAACGAUCUUCCCGGAGGCGGCGGCAGCAACAAUGGUGAUGGAAGCGGGAGCAUCGGCGGCGGCGGCGGCGGAGGAGGAGGAGGAUCGUUCACAGGCCACAAUCCGACCACCUCUCCACCGAAGCCGAAGCCUCGUCCGCCCAUCCCGGCGCCAAAGCCGGAGCCGCAACCCAGCGCCCCUCCUAGUGACACGGGCAGCAGCGGCCCUGGCGGUAGUAGUGGUGCGAAGGUGGCAACCACGAAGCUUUAUCUGCUGUCGGAGGCUACUACGAAGGGGCGGUGUCUGGACGGCAGUGCCCCGGGGUACUACCAUCGUCAGGGCUUCGGCACUGGUUCUCGGAAGUGGAUUAUUUUUCUCGAGGGCGGCGGGUGGUGCUUCAGCCUCAAGCAAUGCGCCGUACGCUCAAAAGGCCUUCUCGGGAGCUCCACUCAAUGGCCUAAGGAGCGCAAAGUGGAAUUCAAUGGCGUGGUCAGUCCGAGCAGCCGCGACAACCCGGGCUUCUACAACUGGAACGUGGCGUCUAUUAAGUACUGCGACGGCGGCUCGUUCGCGGGCGGGUCGGGCAUGGCGCGCACCAAGGCCAACGAUACGGUCUUCUUCCUCGGCAACUGGAACCUCAAGGACUCGAUAAAAGACCUUUUGAAUCAGCGCGGCAUGAGCAAGGGCACGGACGUGCUGGUGGCGGGGUGCAGCGCUGGCGCCGUGGCGGUGUCCAUGCUGUGCGAUCAGAUCGCGGGCCAGCUCAAGCCCUUCGGCCUCAAGACCAAAUGCCUCAUGGACGCCGGAUUCAUCCCAGAUGUGAAGGACUACAAGGGUCAGUUCUCCCUGCGUGAGAAGGUGGGGCGCAUGACUCAGCUGCAGAGCUUCAACGGCAUCGGGAUCAACGGCGACUGCCAGCAAGCGAACCCUGGGCAGAGUUGGAAAUGCUUUUUCCCGCAGUACAAUCUGAAGUACAUCCGGACCCCGACCUUCCUUGUGAACUCGCUUGCGGACUACAAGGGCGUGGCGCUCUCGUUGGCUCCUCGUUCCAAAAAGAAGAGCAACCCUAUCAUCAAGUGCCUCUCUUCUAACUACGACACGGCCAAGUGCACUCCGCAGCAGCUCACUCUUCUCCAAAACUAUUCCCAAGGGAUCAAAUCAUCGCUGGACGAGAUUUCACAGAACCGCGCAUCGGCCAACGUGCAGUUCAAAGUGUUCACGUACACCCAGUCAACGCACUGCGUUAUGGGUGAUGCUCUUUGGAGCCAGCUCAAGUCUACAGACCAGCCCACCAUUGGAAACAAACGACUCUCUUCGACGUAUGGGAACGUGAAUGGUGCCAUCGCCAACACAUUGAAGAACUCGUUUAUGGACUGGUAUUACUCGUAG